CAACAGCAGCUGCUCCAUAUUCAUCAAGCCCUUCAGUCUUAAAGAGCCCUAUCCUGACCAUGGAGAGCUUCAUUCCUCUCACUAUCUCUCUCACUGUCUCUCGAUCUUAGCUCUCUCUCUCCCUCUCUCUUUCACCCCCUCUACCUGUCUCUCACACAUACAUACAUAAACACACACAUACAUUCUCACGCAGGGGUUUUGGGCAGUGCUGAAAGUGGUCUCUCUGUGCCUCUGCUGCUCUCCUACCUAUUGGGGUGAAUUGUUGUCAGUUCUUUCUCUUUUCCUCUCGCUGUGAUUCCUGGAAUGCUAAAACUGGACUGAUGGACAUUUCAGAACUUUGUAUCCCAGACCCUAUCAGCUAUCACAACCAGCUGCUUAACAGAAUGGCCGUUGAUGACCGACACUUGACCUCAAGCUGCGGGUCGUACAUCAAGACAGAACCGUCCAGUCCUUCAUCCGUUAUCGACACGGUCAGCCACCACAGUCCCAGCGGCUCCUCUGAUGCCAGCGGUGGAUAUGGCAUCAUCAUGAACGGUCACUCCAACGGCCUUGACUCACCACCCAUGUUCACGGCCGCGGGUCUAGGGGGCGGGGCCUGUCGCAAGCGCUAUGACGACUGCUCCAGCACCAUCAUGGAGGACUCUCCCACUAAGUGCGAGUACAUGUUGAACUCCAUUCCCAAGAGACUCUGCCUCGUCUGUGGAGAUAUUGCAUCCGGCUAUCACUAUGGCGUGGCCUCUUGUGAGGCCUGCAAAGCCUUUUUUAAAAGGACAAUACAAGGUAAUAUUGAAUACAGCUGUCCAGCCACAAAUGAGUGUGAGAUCACAAAACGGAGACGCAAGUCAUGCCAGGCCUGUCGCUUUAUGAAGUGUCUCAAAGUCGGGAUGCUGAAGGAAGGGGUGCGUCUGGAUCGUGUUCGAGGAGGGCGACAGAAGUACAAGAGGAGGAUGGAUGCUGAAAACAGCACCUAUCUGAGCCUGACACUGCCACCCCCAGCAAAAAAACCAUUAACGAAGAUCGUCUCUCACCUGUUGGUGGCAGAGCCAGAGAAGAUCUAUGCCAUGCCAGACCCCACGGUGCCAGAGAGUGACAUCAAGGCUCUCACAACUCUGUGUGACCUGGCGGACAGAGAGCUGGUCGUUAUAAUUGGGUGGGCCAAACAUAUCCCAGGUUUUUCAAACCUAUCGCUAGGAGAUCAGAUGAGCCUCCUGCAGAGUGCCUGGAUGGAGAUCCUGAUCCUGGGCAUCGUGUUCCGCUCGCUGCCCUACGAGGAUGAGCUGGUCUAUGCAGAGGACUACAUCAUGGACGAGGAGCACUCGCGCCUCACCGGCCUGCUCGACCUCUACGUCUCCAUCCUGCAGCUGGUGCGCAAGUUCAAGAAGCUCAAGAUGGAGAAGGAGGAGUUUGUCACGCUCAAAGCAAUCGCACUUGCCAACUCAGAUUCCAUGCACAUAGAAGAUGUGGAGGCGGUACAGAAGCUCCAGGACGCUCUCCAUGAGGCCCUGCAGGACUACGAGGAUAGCCAGCACCAGGAGGACCCUCGACGGACAGGCAAGCUCCUGAUGACCCUCCCCCUCCUCCGCCAGACCGCCACCAAAGCAGUGCAACACUUUUACAGCAUCAAACUACAGGGCAAAGUGCCCAUGCACAAACUCUUUCUGGAAAUGUUAGAAGCAAAAGUCUGACUGAAGACCUUGACUACUGUUUAACCACAACGUCAGGAGUGAGAGGGAGAUGAAAAAAAGACUGUGGAAUAAAGACUUCAUGAAAACAAAACAAAAAUAAAUAAAUAAAUAGACUGAGAAAUUAUUAAGAAAAAAAUGAUGCAGAUUAAUUUAAAAUAUAAUAAUACUAUGUACAGUGGUAAGAGGUAAGAUACUUUUUUUUUGUUUUCAUGGUCUGUGGUCAUAAAAGAAAAAUACCCAGUAUACAAAGUCUGUAAGCUGGAAACCUCUUCUCUCCUCCCCUGACAAUAAGCUGCUUGGUUUUGAAAUAAAGUGUGUGUGCCAUUGUGAUUAACUGGAAGAGCUAACUAAUGCUGAUUUACACCUAAACUAUUAAAAAUGAUCAAAGAUCAACUAGUAAAAAAUCAAUCCUUUUUAUUAAUUAAAACCCAACAAAACCAAAAGCUAGACUACAUGAAGCGACAGAAUUACCUGCUAGAUAAUAAGCAUUCUGAGUCAAAUGCGAGUGCAAUUGCAGAAGGACAAGGCCAGUUGCUGUAGGUGAAGUGUAAUGUUGCCAUGAUGAACUUAAAACAUUGGUUGAAUAUUAACUGUGAUUUAAAUUGGUUAUGUACUGUAUAAGCUAAGCCACAAUUGCAACGAGUUCUAAGAUUCUAAGUGUAGGGCAUCAACAAACAGAACUACUGUCUGAACUAUGAACCUGGUUGUAUAGUAAUGCCCCAGCCAUUGUUCUAGCAGCCUAAUUGUCAUCCUGGCUCGGAACAUACCACAGCAUCACAACAGCCUGUAUUUCAGGUGCUGUCUUGUCUUCCGGCCACAGACCACAAGCUUUUUCUAUUUAACCAAACUGGAGGUGAUAAUAUAAUUGGGUUUACUUUAUUUUGUUGUACAAAAAAUGUGUAGAAUAAUGGUGUUUAAUCUUAGAAAAAAAUGAUUACCCCCCCCCCCCCACAUACAUAUUUAUGAUGUGCUGUCUACUUUUUGGCCACUGUGUAAAUAGACAUCGCUGAGAAUUCAUCUAGCAAUAUCUGUGUUUUUUGUUAAGAAAACUGUGAAGCAUUCUGUUAUAUAUCAUAUUCAGUCCCAGAUUAUGGUGCUGUUUGAGAAGCAGUGGCAACAGACAGUGCAAGUCUAAAAUGGCAGUGUACAAACUUCACACCACUUUAAUGUGUUGGGAUCCAAUGGGGCAAGCUAAUUACAAUGUUAUUACACUGUAAAAACAGCCGUGUAUGUAAUAACAUGGUAAUACACGUUAACACGUCAUAUGUAGGGUGUCUCUUAGUGUAUAUGAGAUGCUAGCUGCAGUUUAGGGUGAGAGGAUUGCAGACUGAAACUGAUUGAAAUGAAGUCUCUUAUAUAAUGAGAGACACCCUAUCCGCGAUGGAUUAACUCAUUAUAAAUCACACGAAUGAAGAUUGUACUCAGGAAUAGCUUUAAAAUGAAAAAUAACUUUUGUUCUCCCCCCUCCCCUGGUCGUGAAAUGGUUCAGUCCAAAAUCAACAGCAACAGACCCUGAAUAAUGCGUGUAGGCCGACAGGUGCUGUGUUGUGGUGAGAGUAUUUAUUAAAAACAGAAGUGCUGCCGCAGAAACGAGUGUUUUUAAAAACUUGUAGUGAUUUUUUUACAUUUUUUUUUUUUUGGUUUGUUUUUUGCUUUUUUGGAGUUAGGUGUGGUGUUCUAUGCACAGGGUGACAUCUGUCCAUUGGAUAAGAUGUACUAGAAUUUUGGCAAAUACUUCACUGUGAUUGGUUGAUUUCUGAUAUGUGCUUUAUAAUCAACAGUGUAUACACUUUAUGUUGUAAUAACUCUUGCACUACAGUUUAUAGUAACUACACUGUAACUACACAUAUUUAACUACUGCCACUUAACUGUAACGUCAGGCUUCCCAAGCUUGCCUUCUUAGAGUAUGUACAGAAGCUUAUGGUGUCACUUGUAGCAAAUGGGCAGUGAAGUACUGUUUAGCUGAACAUCUCAGGAAGAGAACAAUGUAUUCAAAUCUAUUUGUGCAGUUUCAUGUAGACUAUUAAUCUUAGAAAGAUUUCAAAAAUACAAUAUAUAAUGUAGCAAAAACAUCUUUCCUUUGAAUACAAUUAAACCUUUUGAAAUCCAUAUUUUAAAAAAGCUGCUUCCUGUAGUCGAUUUCACAAAAAGAAUAUAUUUUUCUGUAUGGCUUUAAAAAAAAAAAAAAAACAGAUAGAUGUAAUUUACAGUAUGGUACUCAGCCAUUACGGUUGUGUGACUUGCACCCUCUGUUGUUAGCCUAACUAAGCUUUCAAAAAACAAAAACUGUGUCAACCUUACAAGUGCAUUUUAUGCCAAAUGUAUUUGUCUUACUGUAUCCCACCCCCCUCCCCCACCCCAAAAAAAACCCUUGCUCACUGUUACUGCUAUCAGACUGAUGUUUUCUCUUAUUUCAGGUUUUAAGAAACACAAAAUGUGAGAUGUAAUUUUUUCUGCUUUCUUUUAUUCAUUUAAAUUUAAAAGACAACAACAAAAAAAGACUACUUUUGAACUUUUUAACGUUGAUGAAUCGUGUUACUUGAUACUGUAUUCUAAUGUUAAAGUAAAGGACCUUGUAAGCCAAUUCACACAGGAGCUAAAUACUUUGAUCCACCCCCUUGCAAACAAAUUCAUCUGCUUAACAAAUCCUUUUAGAGUCAAACCUCCUGGUGACUUGAUGACACAUGUCUUUAAGUUCUAAAAGCCAUAGGAAGAUUGCCUACUAGGCCUCUUAUAUAUUGAUUCAUGCAGACAAUCUAAGAAUCCCUGCGUAUUUUAAGGCUAGUGAAAUUCUACAAAACACACAUGCCUGGAAGAUGCUGCUGGCAUGUGCAUUAAACAGCUCUGGUCUGGAGAUGAUUGGUGAGAAGGAGGAAACAGACACUCAAGGAAAAGAAAAAUCUAACUUUCUAGAACCGGAGAAUUCUGGGACUUUGAAUUCCCAGAUCUAUAUACUUCUAAGGGCAAUUUAAGAUAAUUAUGUAAAAAAAAAAAAGAAAAAAAAAACUAGUACAAGAACAUAAACGAAAAUCGGUUUCAUAAUUUAUUUUAAGUAGCUAAAAUGGUAUAUAACCAAUUAAUUUUAAUCAUUUUCUAAACUGAAAUUCUCAAAAGAAAUAGGACAAUUAAAGAAAUACUGCAUUUGGUUUUAUCUGUCUUGGGGAUGGCCAGAAUGUGGAAGCAGAUGAUUUCUGUUCUUGUUGCAUUUUCUGUGGUCCUUUUUAUUCCAUUUGCACUAGCCCUAAUACAAUGGCAGUUCUGGUAUUUCAAUAUAACCGAAAUAUGUUAUUUUGAGUUGCGUUUGCGAAUAGGUUCAUUCCAACAAACAGGCCACUUUCAUUACUAUGUACUGUAUAUAACAAAAUAAGAAAAACACUGUUUAAAAUACAAUUUGGUGCAAAUGAAUAACUUACAACUUUGUUUGAAGUGCCCUACCUUUUAAAUGUAAAACCAUUUAUUUUCAUUAUGCAGGGUUUUUCAAAUUGCAUUUAAUGUCAAAUAUCAUCCAUAACUUUAAACAAGUUAGAACUGUAACAUACUAAGUAUAUAAACAUUUCAUGAUAAUCCUUUGUCAGUGUAUCCCAAAACUUCCUUGUAGUGAUGUAGCAACAAUCAAAUUUAUACAGAAUUUAGCAGAAUAAAGCCAACAACAUUGCAUAAUGUUGUUAGUUCACCUCAUUUGGUAAAAAUGUAGUCUUUUUUUUUUCUUUGAGGGUGGUGUUCUCAUUUAAUUUUCAUAUAUUUUUAUAUCAAAAUUUCAUUAUUAGCAUUUGCAGAUUAGUAAAUGGAAAUUAUAACUCAAAGUGUGACAUGAUUACACAUUAUUAAAUCAAAUUAACCUAAUGCCAUUUUUUUUUUUUAAUUUUUACCCCGUUUUUCUCCCAAUUUGAAAUGCCCAAUUGUAUUUAGGCUCAGCCCACCGCUACCCUGCGCUGACUCGGGAGCGGUGAAGACGAACACAUGCUGUUCUCCUAAGCGUGUGCUGUCAGCCGACCGCUUCAUUUCACUCUGCAGGCCCGUCAUGCAGCCAACCCAGAGCUACAGCGUCGGAGGACAACGCAGCUCUGGGCAGCUUACAGGCAAGCCUGCAGGCGCCUGGCCAGUCUACAGGGGUCGCUGGUGCGCCCUGGCAGACCUAAGCCCCCCCGGGUGGCGCUCGGCCAACUGUGUGCCACCCCCUGGGAGCCCCCGUCCACAGUCAGCAGUGGACUAGCCUGGACUCGAAUCUGCGAUGUCCAUGAGGAGCGCCUUUACCAGAUGCGCCACUCAGGAGCCCCCCUGAUUUCAGAUGCAUUACGUGAAAAAUACUUUGUCAACCAAUUCAUCAUACAAGCCUAGGAAUUUUUUUUUUUUCUUUCCAGAUAAAAAGGAAAAAUAACAGCAGAGCAAAGUAACAAAAAAAACACUCUUUUCAUUCUUCAAGCAAUAAUUUCAACAUGAAAAGUAGCAAAGAGAAUUCCUUAUUCCAAUGUAACUGCUUACUGUUACAUAAUGUAAAUCACUUGUUUCAGCAUUGUGUUAUCUAUGCAUACUAUUCGUUUUGUAAUAUUACAGGGUUCAGUAGCAUUAGCAAUUGAUUCCCUCACACACCCGUCUUUUUUAAUCUUUGUGACACCAAUUUUAGAAGUAUUUUGGAUUUAACAGGACGCUUCAUUUUUCUAGUGCAACGUAAAAGUAUAGAAAACUGCUGAGCAUUAUAAAAAAAAAAUUAUAUAUUGUAUAAAGGAGAUUGACUGGUAAAAAUAACUUGAGUCGUCUUUUAAGAAGCACCUGGCCCUACAUAUGUUAGAAUAACUAGUGAAAAUGUGAUGAUGUGUAUCUGUAUAUAGCAGUACACUGAAUCACGUUGCUAAAAUAAUGUAUUUAACUAGAGAAAACUAUUAUGCAAUUCAAAGAAGGAAAUAAUCUGUGAUCUCCAUCUGUGAAAGCAGACAUCGGUUACACUGUCACAUUGUCCCUUUAUGUUUUUGGUGUUUUGUUGGUUGGUUGUUUUUCAGCUUUCACUCUUGCCUAUAUAAAGGCUUCAUAUUCAAACAAUCAUCAUGUUCUGCUAGUGUAAAGUUUCAUUGCAAUGUCUUGUGCUGUACUUGUGGUGUCCUGUGCACUUCAAAUCAUGUGUAACUGUGAAAAAUUAUUUAUUUAUCUUGUGUAAAUAUGUUUAAUAAAAAUACCUUUUGUUCUA